CAGCCCCUCGCCUGCCGGGCUCUGUCCCUGGGCUCUCACCCGUCCCGCACCCUCCCCAGCGCUCCAACGGGCAGACUUGCUCACCCAGGGCCCUGUCACCCCCUCUUCACCUGACCCGGGCCACGGCUCUCGGAGAGGGGAAGGUCAAGUCCUCCACCCCGCCGGGUGCCCGUGGAGCCGGGGGAGCGGCGGCGGUGCAGGAGUUACAAACUCGCAGUGCAAAGCCUGGGCCGCCGCCGGGCAGCCCCGGAGCUCAGCCUGAGCAGCGGCCGCGCCCCCAGCGUGGCGCCCCGGGGCCGGGCCCUCCGCCCGGGACCCGGGCUGGGGCGCGGAGGGAGCCCAGAGUCCGGCGCCCCUAUGCGCCGCCUCACCCUUGCAGCGGGACAGCUAUGACCCUGAGCACGGAGAUGUCCGAUGCCUCCGGCCUUGCCGAGGAGACUGAUAUCGACGUGGUGGGGGAGGGCGAGGACGAAGACGAUGAGGAAGAGGAGGACGACGAGGGCGGCGGUGGCGGGCCCCGGCUGGAUGUCCCCGCGCAGCGGCGGCGGCGGCGGCGCUCGUACGCCGGCGAGGACGAACUAGAGGACCUGGAGGAGGAGGAGGACGACGACGACGACAUCCUGCUGGCCCCGCAGACUGGGGGCUCCCCGGCGCCCCCCGGCCCAGCCCCGGCGGCGGGGGCCGGGGCCGGCGGGGGCGGGAGCGCGGGCGGGAGCGCGAGCGCGGGCGGCGGCGCCAAGAACCCGCUGGUGAAGCCGCCCUACUCGUACAUCGCGCUCAUCACCAUGGCCAUCCUGCAGAGCCCCAAGAAGCGGCUGACGCUGAGCGAGAUCUGCGAGUUCAUCAGCGGCCGCUUCCCCUACUACCGGGAGAAGUUCCCCGCCUGGCAGAACAGCAUCCGCCACAACCUCUCGCUCAACGACUGCUUCGUCAAGAUCCCCCGCGAGCCCGGCAACCCCGGCAAAGGCAACUACUGGACGCUCGACCCCGAGUCCGCCGACAUGUUCGACAACGGCAGCUUCCUGCGCCGGAGGAAGCGCUUCAAGCGGCAGCCGCUGCUCCCGCCCAACGCCGCGGCCGCCGAGUCGCUGCUGCUCCGCGGCGCGGGGACCGCGGGGGACCCGGCGGCCGCCGCCGCGCUCUUCCCGCCCGCGCCGCCGCCGCCGCCGCCCGCCUACGGCUACGGGCCCUACGCCUGCAGCUACGGCCUGCAGCUGCCGCCCUACGCGCCGCCCUCCGCGCUCUUUGCCGCCGCGGCCGCCGCGGCCGCCGCCUUCCACCCGCACUCGCCCCCGCCGCCCCCCGCGCCCCACGGCGCGGCCGCCGAGCUGGCCCGGACCGCCUUCGGCUACCGGCCGCCUCCGCUCGGCGCCGCCCUGCCCGGGCCUCUGCAGGCCGCCGCGGCCAAGGCGGGCGGCCCGGGCGCCGCGGCCCUGGCGCGCUCGCCCUUCUCCAUCGAGAGCAUCAUCGGCGGCAGCCUGGGCCCCGCCGCCGCCGCCGGCGCCGCGGCCGCCGCCGCCGCGCAGGCCCCGCCGUCGCCCUCGCCCGCGGCGGCGCCCACGCCGGGACCCGGCGGCUGCGCGGCCCAGGCGGCCGUGGGCCCGGCGGCCGCGCUCACUCGCUCGCUCGUGGCCGCCGCGGCGGCCGCCGCCUCCUCCGUGUCCUCGUCGGCCGCCCUGGGGACCCUGCACCAGGGCGCCGCCCUGCCCGGUGUGGAGAACUUUACCGCCAGGAUCUCCAAUGGUUAGCGCGCCCCGGCCGCGCGCGCGGGAGGCGGAAGGUAGGACUCCGCCGCUUUCUCCGUCCCGGGCGUGGGGUGUCGUGGCCGCCCGUUUCGCCGCCGCGGACUCUCGGACGAGACUGCGUUUGGGGGCCGCUCGGUUCCGCGGGGUCGCCCCGCGCUGCGGCCCCGGCCCCGGGCGGGGAGGGAGAGGCGCCCGCGCGGGCUGCCCGGUCCGGGCGCAGUGACGUCCUCGUCUUUGGGAAACGCUUAAAACUUCUAAGCCUUCUCGAGGUCUAGAGAUUCUCAGGUCCAGGCGUUAAAAAAACAAAAUAAUCAGUGUUCAAAAGACGAGCACGAAAAUAGUAAAAAGGCCCUGAAGAAUGUCAGCAAAGCAGUAAUUUUUAUUUGAAGACACUUGUCUGGUGUACUUUUUCAUGAAGAGGAAAAAAACGAUUAACGUGUUUACACAAGGAAAAAAGUCAAGUUUAUUUCUUAUUUUAACCUGUGUUUUGUAUAAUAGACAUACGGAAUUUUUAUUUUGUACUUACUGCAUAUUCUUUACAAGGAGUAUUGUAAAUUUUACUGGCAAUUGUUGUACUAUUCUAAUGUAAGAUUUUUACACUUUUUCAGAAAUAAAAUGCUUAAUUUUGAAAGAAAAUCCACCAAAAGAAUUGGCUUUAGUCGUCCCCUUAGUUAAUGUUCUUUCUGUUUAAAAAGCUUCUGUGUAAGAGAAGGAGCCCAUUAUAGGAAGGCAAAUAUUUUCAAACACAUUUUUCAAACAAUUUAACAAAAGCUUUAUUACAGGAGACCAGAAGUUUGCUUUUUAAUGACUACAAAUAAAAGAAGUACCUUUGAUAUAUAUUUUCAAAUCUAAUUCCAUUCCAUUUUGAUGAACACUGAGUCUAUUUAAAAUUAAAGCCACAGUUACCUUAGGAUAAUUGUAUAGAACUUUUAAUUUU